UUGUGUUUUUCUUUUAAAACGACCGCAUGUGUGCUGUCGUUUUUAAUUUUCAUUUAAACCAAUUUUAAUAGAAAAUACUUUUAAAAAUUUUAAACAAUUUAAAUUAAUAAAACUCUCCUGCACUGAGUUCAUGUAAAAUUGAUGCAAAAUGAAAACCUACAAUCGAGAUACCGAUAUGAUUCCCUCGGGCCUAGAGUUCGCAGUCUUCACCGGGGAACAAAUAAAAAAGUUAAGUGUCGUAAAAAUAAUUACUGGCCUAACAUUCGAUCAAUUGGGUCAUGCAUUUCCUGGAGGAUUGUAUGAUUUGGCAAUGGGAUCUCAAGGCAGGUCAAUUGAUUCCUGUACGACAUGCUUAUCGAAUGCCCAUUGUCCCGGUCAUGUGGGUCAUAUUGAAUUGAAUGCCUUGGUAUUUAAUCCGUUCUUUAUGAGAUUGGCUCAUGAUAUUUUAAAGAUUUAUUGCAUUAAAUGCCACUCAAUACAAAUGAAAAGCAGAGAAGUAGAAAUUCUAACACUUCAACUUCAGCUUGUCGAUGCUGGUUAUGUGAUUGAAGCUCAAGAAUUGGAGAUUUUUAAAUCCGAAUAUGUGUGUAACAAUACGGAACAAUUUGUUAAAGGCGAACACGGUGAAGUCACACAUCCCCAAAUUGCCCAAAUGUACGAGUUGAUUGCUAAAGGGACAAAAAACGCGUGUAAUAACACUAAAACAUCAUGUAGUAUACGCUCGGCAUUGAUUCAUUCUGCUCUGCAAUGUGGUGGCAAAACCAAAAAAUGCAUACAUUGUACUAAGCCUUUGAAGAGAAUGCGCUUGUUGGGUGGAAAGCUGGUCGUCUAUGUUAGUAAAUCUGAUUUGGAAAAAAGCUCCUCUGGAGAUCAAAUGAUCAAAGCUGGACAAAAUAAAGUUGUUCUAGCUGACGAAUGCCGGCAAUAUUUACGUGAUAUCUACAGCAAAAAUCCAAUUCUAUUGAAACUUCUCUUUCCCAUUCUUAAGUCGUCCGACGAACUGGAAUAUCCAGUUGAUUCAAUUUUCAUGAAUAUAAUACCAGUUACUCCACCCAAAUCACGCCCAACUAAUAUGGUCAACAAUAUGAUCAUCGAACAUUAUCAGACAACUAUCUACAAAAGUAUUGUCGAGCAAAAUAGUGCUCUGAGAGCUAUUAUGAUUAAAAUAAAAAGCGAAGGAGCCCCUUUGAAAAAUGAUGUCUUGGCAGUAUAUGAAAGUGCAAAAGGUUCAACACCAUUUGAAAAAAUGUACUUUGCGUGGCAAAGCCUGCAAGCUCAAGUGGAUCGCCUUCUUGAUACAGGUUCACUUCCUACCUCAGAUAAUGCGCAAGGUUUGAAGCAGCUUCUUGAAAAAAAGGAAGGUUUAAUUCGUAAGCAUAUGAUGGGAAAACGUGUCAAUUACGCUGCUCGUACUGUCAUCACUCCUGAUCCAAAUAUCAAUGUCGAGGAAAUUGGAAUUCCAGAUAUUUUUGCCCGAAAACUAUCAUUUCCAGUUCCGGUGACUCCAUGGAAUGUGGCAGAACUUCGAAGACUUGUUAUGAACGGACCAGAUAAAUAUCCAGGAGCAAACUAUAUUGAAGAUGAAAAAGGUUAUACAGUUUUGAUUCCACCAAAUGAUGCAAUUAAACGCGAAAGUAUGGCUAAACUUCUUCUCAAUACUACUGGUAAACGACCGAAAAUAGUUCAUCGACAUGUUCUGAACGGAGACAUGCUCUUGUUGAACCGACAACCUUCGCUUCAUAAACCUAGUAUAAUGGCACACAAAGCUCGUGUAUUGUGUGGAGAGAAAACAUUCCGUUUGCACUAUUCCAAUUGUAAAUCAUACAAUGCCGAUUUCGAUGGUGACGAAAUGAAUGCUCAUUUUCCGCAGAGUCAGGUUUCGCGUUCUGAGGCUUAUCAUUUGGCGAAUGUUGCUAGCAAUUAUAUUGUUCCCAAGGAUGGAACUCCAUUGGGAGGAUUAAUUCAAGAUCAUGUUAUCUCUGGUGUAAAAUUAUCGAUUAGAGGCAGAUUUUUCAAUAAAGAGGAUUAUCAGCAAUUGGUUUUCCAAGGUUUAUCACAUUUGCAAGGAAAUAUCAAACUUUUGCCACCGACAAUUUUAAAACCAAUGGUCUUGUGGUCUGGAAAACAGAUCCUUUCGACGAUACUUAUCAAUAUCAUACCUAAAGGCUAUGAUCCGAUUAAUUUGUACUCCAACGCAAAGAUUGAUAUAAAGGAUUGGAACAUGGCGCAAAUCAGAAACUUUAAAUAUGGUGGAACACCAUUAAAACAUUGUGAAAUGACAGAGAGUGAAGUUGUUAUAAGAAAGGGAGAGCUACUAAUAGGUGUUCUCGAUAAGAAACAUUACGGGGCUACACAAUACAGUCUUGUUCACUCCAUGUAUGAGCUCUAUGGAGGUGAUGUAUCUACCCGCCUACUUACCUCCUUUACAAAAGUAUUCACCAGCUUCCUUCAACGUGAGGGCUUCACUUUAGGUGUACAAGAUAUUUUAGUUACGUCGACUGCUGAUGCAAAACGUCGAAAAAUUAUUAAAAAUUGUCGACAAGUUGGAAAUUCUGCUGUUGCUGCAGCCCUUGACCUAGAUCCCGAUACACCACAUGAUGUAUUGGCAGCAAAAAUGCAAGAGGCCUACUUAAAAGAUCCGAAAUUCCGUAUAAUUCUGGACAGAAAGUAUAAAUCACUGUUGGAUGAGUACACAAAUGAAAUAAACAAAGCUUGUCUGCCAGAAGGUUUGAUCACUAAAUUCCCGGACAAUAACCUGCAAUUGAUGGUUCUUUCCGGUGCCAAGGGUUCGACAGUAAACACUAUGCAAAUUUCUUGUCUGUUAGGGCAAAUUGAAUUAGAAGGCAAACGUCCCCCUUUAAUGAUAUCAGGAAAAUCUCUUCCGAGCUUCACAUCGUAUGAAACAUCUCCGAAAUCAGGUGGAUUUAUUGAUGGACGUUUCAUGACAGGCAUCCAGCCACAAGAUUUCUUCUUCCAUUGUAUGGCUGGUCGUGAAGGUCUUAUUGAUACAGCUGUAAAAACCAGUCGUUCUGGAUAUCUUCAACGUUGUCUAAUCAAACAUUUGGAAGGCCUUAAUGUUCACUACGAUUUAACUGUACGUGACAGCGAUAACAGUGUUGUACAAUUUCUGUAUGGUGAAGAUGGUAUGGAUAUUCUAAAGUCAAAAUUCUUCAAAGACAAAGUUACCAAGUUCUUAAAUAUGAAUUCUUCGGUUAUUCUUCGUCCAAGUGAAUUGGAAAUUAUAAAAGACGAAGAAGCUUUAAUUCCAGUAGAAAAACAUACAAAAAAAGUUCGAUCAUGGCAAAAGAAGAAUUCAACUAGAAACCGAAAUAUGUCAAGCUUUACUAGUUUCUCCAAAGAACUUCGUGAUGAAGUUGUUGUUGAUAAUCCAAAUGAACUUAAUAAAACCACUGGACGCUUAAAGAUCGAUGAAGCUAUAAUAACUCUAUGGAAAAAAGCAGACAACGAAGCUAAGGAAAAAUAUAAACAUAAAUGUGGCCCUUGUCCGGAACCCACAAUCUCGAAAUUUAAACCAGACAAUUUUUACGGAUCAAUUUCGGAGAAUAUUGAAAAAAUAAUUCAACAAUUUGGUGAAACGAAACCGAAACGCAAACAUAUCAUGAGAGAUAUUAUGUAUGUUAAAAGUAUGAAAGCCCUUGCAGCGCCUGGUGAGCCUGUUGGACUGCUGGCAGCUCAAUCUAUUGGUGAACCUUCAACUCAGAUGACACUGAAUACUUUCCAUUUUGCUGGUCGUGGUGAAAUGAACGUUACACUUGGUAUUCCGAGAUUGAGAGAAAUUCUUAUGAUGGCGUCGGCAAAUAUAAAAACUCCUUCAAUGGAUAUUCCAAUUUUGCCAAAUCAAAAUAAAAGUGCUGAUAAAUUAAGAAUCAAGUUGAAUCGUGUAACUUUAUCUGAUGUUCUUCAAUAUGUAAAGGUCAAGAUCUCAUUGACUUUGACUCCAGAAAGAGCAAAUCGCUAUUCAAUCCACUUUCAGUUUCUUCCGCGCGAAGCCUAUCAAGAAGACUUUAUUGUGAAACCGAAAAGAAUUCUCAAACAUAUGACAGAGAAUUUCUUUAAGCAGCUCUUCCGUUCUAUCAUCAAAUCAGGAAAAGAUAAAAGUUCUGUUAUCCUUAUCGAUGAUGACAAACCCAAGAAGGUAGGCGCAUUGGCAAAAAGGUUUGACGAAGAUGAAGACGAGGAUGAAGGUCCCAAGAAAUCUAAAAAAGAUGCACAAAACGCCGAUGAUGAGUCCUCGGAUGACGAUAAUGCAAACGCUGAUGAUGAUGACGCCACCGGUAUCAAACUUAAAAGCAGAAAACAAGACGAAACAGAAUACGACGACCCAGAAGCAAUUGAAGAGAUUGAGGAUGCAAAUGAAGUGGAAGAAUCAGUAAUUGGCGAUGAUCUAGACGAAAAAGAGGAAGAAGAGUCACAUGAAGACGAGACUGUCUCAAAGGUCCUAAGUAAUGACAUGGUCAAUGGCUAUGUUUAUGAUAAAGAAAAACAUUUAUGGUGUAAACUAACUUUUGAUUUGCCAACAAGAUAUCGUAAACCAGAUAUUGCAAACAUAAUCAAAGAACUUGCUGAUAAAGCAAUUAUCCAUCAAGUUCCAAAAAUCAAACGAGCCAUUUUGUAUAAAACAAACGAAGAAUUACUCCUCAAGACUGAUGGAAUCAAUAUUGUUGAAAUGUUUAAGCACAAUAAGAUUCUGGAUGUCAAUAGAAUAUAUUCGAAUGACAUUCAUGGUAUAGCCGCAACUUAUGGCAUUGAAGCAGCAGCAAAGGUAAUUGUAAAGGAAGUUCAAAAUGUUUUUAAGGUCUAUGGAAUCACAGUAGAUCCAAGACAUUUAUCGCUCAUUGCCGAUUACAUGACCUUUGAUGGAACAUUUAGGCCUAUGAGUCGUAAAGGUAUGGAUGACUCAUCUUCGCCCCUGCAGCAAAUGUCCUUCGAAUCGUGUUUGCAGUUUUUAAAAUCAGCUGCAAUAUCCGGCCGAUGCGAUGAAUUUAAUUCACCCUCAAGUCGACUUAUGGUUGGAUUGCCUGUGAAGAAUGGAACUGGUUGCUUCGAUUUGCGAACCCAAUUUUCGAAUAAAUAAGUAAAUGGACAAUAACAUUGUGUACAUAAGAUUUGUUGUUAUUAUUAUAAAUAUUUUUAAUAAAUGCUAAUCCGAUCCAUCAGAGCUAUCUGAAUAGGCGGAUAGAAGAGACAA